GCCUCGUAGAUAGCUGCGCCAUCUAUUCAUUCCGAUUCAUUCCGAUCCUUUCCUUCUUUUUCUUUUUCUUUUUCUUUUUUCUCUUCUCGGAAUAGAACCAACGUAGGCGAGGAAGAGGCCGCAUAUAAGAGCAGAGAGCCUGUGGAAAGAAAUCGUGAGAGGAAAGCCAGCAAGGACAGGAUGAGGCUCACAUUGUGGCCCUUGGCCGCGGCCGCUGCCGUGUUAGCCGUGCCGGCUCCUCAACAAUUCCCGCCGAUAAGGACCUCAUCAGCUUCCGGUACACCGACGGCGUCGACAUCACCCAACGCAACGGCCCCUGGCGGCUCCAACAAUGCCUGCGCCCAGAUCCAGCCCAAGGUGCAACAGUUCCUUCAGGCUAACCCGAAAGGACCUCCCCAAGUCCCGGCGCAGCUGGCGUUCGACUGCCUCCAGACGGUGCCGAAUAAGCCCGGCCCGGCCAAGGAUUUGAUCACGAGUCUGAAGGCCUACAUUCAAUGGCAGUCGACCCUGGCGUGGCUCAAAUCGCCGCCGGCGUCAUACAUGCUGCCGCCCACCGACAUCGAGGGCGGCCUGGAUGACAUCGGACGCAAGGCCGAGGCCGGCCAAUACAAGAGCGAGUACGAUUUCCAACUUGCCAUCUUCAAGUUGAUCGCCUCGGCCCACGAUGGCCACUUUGCCUUCCGCGGCGACGUGUUCAAGGGGUUCAGCUUCCGCAACAACCUCGCCAGCGACAUCGUCUCCGUCUCCCGCGACGGUGUCGAGGUUCCCAAGCUGUAUCAUCUCUCGCAAAUAAACAACGACACCUCCGCCCCGGCCAUCGUCAAGAUCAACGGCAAAGAUGCCGUCACGUCCAUCGGCGAACUCAACCUGAUGUUCAGCGGCUUUCAGGACCCCGACUCGCAGUGGAACUCCAACUUCAAGUCCUACGCGUCCAACCAGAGCUUCCUCGUCGUCGCCGCCUCCCUCGCCUUCCAGGGCAGCAAGGUCACCCUCACCUACGACAACGGCGAGGAGCGGUCCGAGGACAGCUUCGCGCUGAUCCGGACGGGGGCCAACUUUACCGGCAUCAACAGCGGCGAGGACUACUACAGCCGUUUCUGCGACCCCGACAACGCGCCCAAGGCCCCGGCGGCGCCGCCGCCCGGCAUCAUGCCGAACCAGACGAAUCCCAAGCCGACUAAGCCCGAUCUGCCGCCUCCCCCGCCGACCAUCGAGGGCUACCCCUUCCCCAUCGUGCGCGACAGCGGCGCCAACACCACGUCCGGCUACUUCCUGAACGGCACCGGCUACGACGACGUCGCCGUGCUCUCGGUCCUAUCCUUUGCGUCUCCGGACCCCGAGACGAUCGACGCCGUCGAGUACUUGACCAACUUCCAGAGCACCGUGGCUGAGUUCCUGGCCAAGAGCAAGGAGGCGGGGAAGAAGCGUCUCGUGAUUGACGUCGCGGCCAACGGCGGUGGCUUCGUCAUCGCCGGCUACGAGCUGUUCGCCCAGCUUUUCCCCGAAGUGAACCGUUUCCAGGCGAACAACAUGCGCUUGGCGGAGGGCCUUGUCAGCUUGGCCCGCCUCUCGGCCGGGCUUCCAUCCAACUUCACCCCGACGUCGCCCGAGGAGCGGGAUGCUAUUGACGACCUGAGCGGCAGCUCCAUCGUCAGCAACCUCAUCCCCGGCGGCGUCUUCACCCCGGACCAGAGGGCCUUCACGACGGUUGACCAGAUCCUGGCGCCCGUCACCCUCAACGGCGACAGCUUUACCGCCUACCAGCAGGCGCCCCUCAAUGACACGGACCCGUCCUUCAAUCUCACCGGCGUCGGCAGCCGGUCCAACCCGCCCGGCCGCGUCUUCGACCCCGAGAACGUCGUCAUCUUCACGGACGGCACCUGCGGCUCCACCUGCACCAUCUUCUCCUACCUCAUGAUCCUGCAGAUGGGCGUCAAGACCACCGUCAUCGGCGGCCGCCCCACCACCGGCAUCAUGCAGUCCGUCGCCGGCGUCGAGGGCGCCCAGGUCUUCUCCUUCAACGACAUGACGGCCGACGCCAAGGCCAUCCUCACCCUCACCCCUAAGGAAAAGCGGGAGGAGAUCAUGAGCGGCGAGCUCGGCGAGCUGGCCAAGGGCUACGCCAUCAAGCGCUCCACGACCCCCAAGAGCGCCGGCGCCAUCAACGCCAAGAACGCCUUCUCCAUGUCCGACGCCAGUACGCCGCUCCAGUUCCUCUGGGAGCCGGCCAACUGCCGCAUCUUCCACACCCGCGAGUCGCUCUUCCAGCCCGAGGUCGCGUGGAAGCGCGUCGUCGACGCCACCUGGAACAACCCCAUGCAGUUCUGCGUCGCCGGCAGCCAGACCCCGGUGAAGAAGGACGCCACGACGGACCCGCUGUUCAGGAAGAGCCAGAACAACACCGGCUUGCCCAGCGCCGCCCCCGAGAGCGUGUCCGCCGCUAGCCUGAGACUUGCCGUCCUCCUGACCGUGCUUGCGGCUGCGGUGCUGAGUCUAUAGAGCCUUUAAGGGUGUGCCUCUGCUGGUUUAAAACAAUGAGGGUUCGAGUGACAAGAGGCGAGAGGAGGGAAGCUGAUUCCACGACGAGGAUACACGACACAGCUUCGAUGGCGGACGGGAUAGGGUCUUAUACCACGACUCCGGGGCACUUGCUGCUCAUGACAUGUAAUAAGCAGUGAGCAAACGGCAGACCUAUUACCGCGGUUAGGAACAGUAUCACUGGAUUCAAGUAGUAUUGGAUGAGGUGGUCGAUUAGGUGGACGUCUGUAUAAAGCGCCCAGCUUUCUCGACAUCCUGGUCAAGGUUUAAAUUCAUUUGGAGUUGAUCUGGGUGGCGGCGCACUGGAUUGCCACAGAUAACAGCCUUCAGCUUAGGAAGGUAUGUCAGGCUUACUCCAAUAUGAAUAUUAUUAUUCUUGC